CCAUACAAUUUAAAUUAAAAAUAACAUUUUUAAUGCAGUAAUUUAAAUCUUAUAACUUAUAAUCUUAUAUCCUUUUUUAUAAUAGCUGCCUCUGAGAAGCUGAAUCCUCCCUGUAACAGAUUUUGUGUAACAUCUGUCUAGCUGCUAAAGCUAAGUUGGCUCUGAAACUGAAGGACUUUCAGUUAAGUUUAUUCGGAAGGUGAGGAGGACAAGCAGCGGCUAAUGGAGAAAGAGGAUGGCGGCUUAACAGGACUGAGUCGAGCCGAGUGGUUUUCCAUGCAGGCUAAAGUGGCGGUGGCGGUGGCUUUAAUAAGAAACCGCCCCCCGGGUAUGAGCAGCAGGCAGUACGCUGAGGCUCUGGGCUGCAGGCUGAGGAGUCAGGAUGAAGGCUGGAAGAAGAAAGCAGAGGAGCUGCAGCGGGAGGUGCUGAGGCUGCGGCAGGAAGCGCUGAUCGCCACAGCGACGUGCGCCUCAAAGAGCAGCACGCAGGGGGCAGACAGCAGCAGGAUGGAUGACCCUUCCCAGGAUCUGUUUGGUCCGGGAAGAGUGGAGUUCAGCAAAGAACCUCGGCCAGACUGUGACUCAGAGACUCCCGAGCUCUUCCUGCAUGAAGCAGAGCCUGCCGCCGCUUCCCUUCCACCGCUGGUUCCCUGCAGUCACCGUGAUGAAGCUGCGCUGCAUCCUCAUGUGCAGUUCAUGCAGUCGCUGUGUGCCCUGCAUCGAGUGGAUGGGAACAGCAGAGCAGUGGAGGCUCUGUGGUUCGGGUGUGAUGGAGACGUGGGGUCAGUACUCGCCGACACUGUGUGCCAGCUCCUUGACUCUGUGGCGGCAGCCUGCAGGGAUUCUUCCACGCUGGGAUCACACAACCUGCUCCUGAAGGCCUGCCAGAUCGCUGCCCAAGCGAUGGACCUCUACUGCUCCCAACAGCUGCCGUCGGCUGAGCUCGUGAGACGUGUGGAAGAGCCACUGAGGGAGCUGAGCGGGAUGCUGCUCCACAGUGAUUGGCCCGAUGGGCUCGAGCCUGCGGAGAAGCUGAUGCAGUACGUGAUUGCGCUGGGAAGCAGCCGCAUGUCAGCAUCUUUGCUCGUUCGUCACAUCCUCUCGGAGAUCGGCGCCCUGGCCGAUCAGCUCUGGCAAGCCUUCCAGGACACGAGUUCUCAGUGAGUAGUGAGGAGGGCGUGAGGAUGAGGAGCAGCAGCACGGUGUAGGCCGGCGUUCCUGUCUGACAUACGCCCUCAGAGAUGCUCCAGCCCAGUGCCGCUGUCCUUGGAGCGACGCAGCAUACAGAUAAGCUGCACCAUCUGGACGCUGCGCUGUUCUGUCAGAGGUCCGUGACGCUCGGUGGCAGCCCCUUAGGACAAAGCACGCAGAGAUCCGCCAAACCUCUGGGCAGUGUAAAUGCCACUCUGACGCCAUUACUAUGCACCCUAAGCGGUUGCUGUCCUGGCGUCUGCCUUUUAUGCAAAGUGUCGGUGGAUGCUUCAUCCUUUUCUUUUUCUUUUUUUUAAACUGAUAGUGCAGAGGAUUUUUAGAAGGGUGAAAACAGACAAAAGCACCAAAUCUCAGCUGCUGAACAAGCUGAAAACCAGACAACAAAUAAAUGUCUUUAGGGUGCAAAUGGGCCCAAAUCAAGCAAAACACUAUAAACUAGCACUGAAACUGCACCCACGACACAAGAAGAUGUAAAACUCGGUCAACAGACCGACGUGAGCAAGUUAAUUAAUAAGAUAAAAAUGAGAAACAACAGAAAAAGAAACAACAGUCAGCGGUAAACACAAACAGAAAGGCAACAAAAGGAUGCUAAACACUUAUUAAAAUUACAGAAGACUCUUGAUUAAAAUCAAGAGUAGAACUUUAAAAAUGUAAGAAUCGAAACUUGAAACCAAUCAACAAUCAACAUUAAUCCAGUAAAAAUUAUUACAGGGUAAAAACAAAAUAACUGAGGUAAGGUUAGAAACCAGACUACUGAAGGCAGGCAGUGGCGUUACGCAGAAGCUAAAGGUGAUAAAUGUGCUUUUUUGAGAUUCAGCAGUUUAACAGAGUAAAUGCAGGAUGAGGUUUUUGGUUUCCUGAACCUUUUAGGAAAAGUCUUAGAUGAUUAAAAAUCAGUUUUAAGUAAGCUGCUUUCUGAAUAGAUUAUUUAUGUAUGAGAUGUAAGGACAGAGUUGUGAGAACAGACCCAUAAAAAUGGCCUCCCUUUGUUUGAAGGUACUUAAUAUUCCUUCAGGUCAAUUUUAAUCCCCAGGACAUGGAGGAAACGGCAGGAAAUAAAUCUUUGGUGUGGUAAAAGCGUUUUCAGCGUGAUGUGACGUCACUGCCGCAGU